AUGUGGAACAUUGAGUUUUGGAUGAGGAGCGUGUACAGUAGUACCUAGUAGUUUUGUUUACGCCUCAAGAAGACCAUAAAGCGCAUUUAUUCAAAGCAUUUUCACCAGUUGCAUCCAAUUAAGUUCCUUAACGCCCUGCAUGUUUAAUGUUGGAAUUCGGUAAGGCUAAAUGUAAUAGUGAACAACGAUGGAUCUGCGCGCGGGUGUGUAUUUGUGCCUGCAAGCGCGUGCACGUCUCCUCUCUUGAGAACGAGUUGGGAUUUGAAAGUUUGAGCUGCCAGGGAACCCGGUGUGUUAGACGCUGAAACAACCUUUUGAGUGUGCUAGUUAGGAUUUUUUUAUAAGCUGGAGGAAAGUGAAUGAAUGCGACUGCUGCCUCCCAGGUGCAACCUUCAGACCCCCCGGACCUCCCUGAGCUUCUCCCGGUGCGAUGGAUGCAGAGGACGUUCUGCAGGAGGAGGACAUGGACGGCUCGUGGUCGUUGCUGUCCUGGAUGGCGUCCUGCGUCAUGGUGUUCGGCGGCGCCCUGCCGUAUGUGCCCCAGUACCAAGACAUCCAGAGGAGCAGCAACAGCGAGGGCUUCUCCACCAGAGUCUGCCUGGUGCUGCUCAUAGCCAACAUCCUGCGCAUAUUCUUCUGGAUAGGAAAGCAGUUUGAGCUGACCCUGCUGCUCCAGAGUGUGGUGAUGAUCAUCACCAUGUUCGCCAUGCUCCAACUCUGCUGCACCGUCCAAAACACCAACCGAGUCAGCACCAAGCAACACCGACUUACAGACUUGGACUUUCGCUACUUCUGGAAGUGGAGCGCCUUCGAGGACUACCUGCUCUUUUGCUUCGGCUUCACGGUGCUGUGUGCAGUCGUCACCCUGCUGCUGCUGGACUCUGCCGUGUUUGUGGAGACGCUGGGCUCCCUGGCCGUGAUGUUUGAAGCCAUGCUCGGCCUCCCGCAGCUGCUGCAGAACUUCCAAAACCGCUCCACCAAAGGCAUGAGCGUGAAGAUGGUUCUGCUCUGGACGGCCGGCGAUGUCUUUAAGACGACCUACUUUGUGAUCAAUGAAAGCCCAGCUCAGUUCUGGGUUUGCGGUUCGGUCCAGAUCCUGAUCGACGUAGCCAUCCUGCUGCAGGUCCUCUUCUACAGCCAAGACACACGGGUCAAACUAGGUUAAACAUGCCUUUAAAAAGAAAACUAGGCUUGUGUAUACAUUUCAUUUAAGGCUUUUUAAUAACUAAAAUCAGCUACAAAGUUGAUGAAAUCAUCAUGGGAAACGUUUAGAAUCAAAAACACAGAAAACCAAAGACAAAGUAGAUUUUUUUUUCCCUUUUUUAAGUGUUCAGCCUUGAUUCAAAGUAUUCUCUCAUUUGAGUAUCAUGGAGACCCAAACAAUGUACCUUAAAGUGCAAUUAACCCUUUAUCAGGCGAAGAAUUAUAUUUGGUAACUUCAAAUGGGGUAGAGAAAAAAGUU